AAACCUUUGGAUGAUUGGACGGAUUCGUGCACGGCCAGUGGCGCUGCGGCGCUCCCUGAUUUAACAUUUGUUUUUCGGUUGGAUUCUCUACCUCGGUGGUUUUAGUGUUGCGUGUGGAAAAGACAGCAUGAACUUUACCCCGACACAUACCCCUGUCUGCAGAAAGCCGACGACUGUCUCCAAACAUGGUGCUGCCUUCAGUGGUUCCACCAGGUGGAAGGGAGUGUCUUUCUCAGAUUCACCGGAGUCAACUCCCUUGCCUUCCAUCGAAGAUCGUCUGGCCAUCCUCUGCCCUUCUCAGGAGCUUCUGGAAUAUUAUCAAAAGAAGAUGGCUGAGUGUGAGGCAGAAAAUGAGGACCUACUGAAGAAACUGGAGCUGUAUAGAGAAGCUUGUGAAGGACAGCACAAACUACAAUGGGAUUUGCAGCAGAGGGAGAAGGAGAUUGCUGAACUGCAGAAAGCUCUGAGUGAUAUGCAGGUCUGUCUCUUCCAGGAACGGGAACAUGUUUUGCGCCUCUACUCAGAAAAUGACCGGCUGAGAAUCAGGGAGCUAGAAGACAAGAAAAAGAUUCAGACUCUCUUGGCUCUUGUGGGAACUGACACUGGAGAAGUGACCUAUUUCUACAAGGAGCCUCCCAACAAAGUCACCAUUCUCCAAAAGACUAUGAAGGCUGUAGGUAUAUGUGAACAGAAUGAAUCGUCAGCUUUCAGAGCAGAUUGUAAAGUAAGCAAAAGAAAACCAGCAGUGAGAGAGAAGGAAGAAAGUUCUGAGCAAUACCAAAGAGAUAUACAAACACUGAUCCUACAGGUGGAAGCACUGCAGGCUCAGCUGGAAGAACAGACCAGACUUUCUAAAGAGCAAGUUGAAGGGCUUAUGGAGGACAGACGGAUUCGCCUUGAGGAAAUACAAGUUCAUCACCAGAGAAAUCAGGACAGAAUCAAAGAGCUUACCAAAAAUCUCCAUCAUACCCAGGAACUGCUCUAUGAGAGCACCAAAGACUUUUUGCAACUCAGAUUUGAAAACCAAAAUAAGGAGAAGUCAUGGAUGCUUGAAAAGGAUCACUUGAUGUCAAAGAUUAAGCAAUACAGGGUACAGUGUAAGAAGAAAGAAGAUAAAAUUGGAAAAGUUUGGCCAGUUCAUGAGAGUCAUUAUAAGCAAAAUGAAUAUAUUAAGUCACUAAAGGAUAAGUUACUGCAAGAGAAAAAGCUGUCUAAUAUGUACCAAACGCAGUGCAUUUCCCUAGAAGAAGAACUUGCACGAAUUCGUGAGGAAGAAGGAGUGAGGAAAGAGAUCUUCAAGGAUCGCUCUAACAAGAUGGGGAAGCGUUUACAGGUAAUGACAAAACGCUACGAGGCCUUGGAGAAGCGGCGUAUCUUGGAAGUCGAAGGUUUUAAGACAGAUAUUAAGAUUCUCCGGCAGAAACUGAAGGACUUGGAGCAAAUGCUCUAUAAGGCAACUCUUAAUUCCCGGGCAAACCAGGAUCUCGCCAUUCUGUGUGAGGUCCGUGACAGCAAUAGACGGGCACAUAAGAUCCAAGGAGAACUGAAGAACCUCAAGUCCAAACUAUUUGGUCUGGAGAAUGAACUUAGACUUUGCUGAUGUUUAGUUUUAGAAGUGGCCCUCUCCUGUACCGAGUCUGCUUUCUGAAACCCGAGAUCACGGCCGUCUUCUCCCAGAAACGAGGCAGAGUUGACUAGAGUGGUGGUAUCCAUUGUUAUAAAGAUAGGGUGAAGAAUCUGGGACCACCAAAAUAGCCUUUCUCUCAUGCUAAGCUUUAUCAAUAAUUUUUGCUGUCCUGUUAACCUUUUUGGGUUUUUUUGGCCUAGAUUAUAACCUAAAUUACUUAGAGACUUACCCCUUAUUUCUAUUUAUAAUGACAUGUUUUUGCUUUUUUAAAGAAGACAGUGACAAUCAGAUGGGAAGGGGGUUUGAGGGCUGGGUGUAAAA